AUGCUGGUUUCACCUUCGUCAGGCUCCCAGACCGCCUCCCUCAGCCUCUCGGUGAAGGGGGCGACCCUCGGCUGCGUGGCCGCCUCCUCCUCAGGGCCCAACAAGCGCCGGCCACCUCGCGCACUCCCCGACGCCCCAAGAAUCCCCGAAGCCUCCGCGGUGGACGAUCCGCCCAAUCACAAACGCCGCAGCUCCUCCCGCCCCCCCGCCCCGCGAUCCCGCCUCCUGAUUGGCGGCCUACAAGCCCUGGCGCGCCCUCCCCCCCUCCCCGGUCUGGUAGGGCGAAGGAGCGGGCGCGCGGUCGAUCGAGCGAUCGGUUGGCGGCUCUUUCUCCUGCUCUGGCAUCCCGCUCUCGGGGCGCAGGCCCGGCCGCCGCCGCGGCGCGCGCCCGGUGGCCGUUGGCGGUCGCGCCGCGUCUUUCUUCUGGUCCGCAGAACUCGGGCGGCGGCCUAUGCGUUUGCGAUUCGCCGAGGAGUCGUCCGGGUGGUCGGCGGGGGCGGGCAGCUGCUCCGCCCCGCUGCCGGAGAGGCGGCGGCAGCAGCGGCGGCGGCGGCUGCCGGGGAGGCGGGGGUGGCCGGGGCCGGCCUGGACGCCUGGCGUCAGCCUGCGGGGCCUGCAAGGACCCAGCUGGGGGGACAGGAGGGGGCCGGAGGAUGGUUGGUGGUGGGCUUUCUCCUUUGCCUUUUCCUCCUCAUGCCGCCUUAGUGAGGAGCGAGCGCUGCGGCGGCAGCUCCGGGGUGGAGAGACGAACCCGGGAGUCGGAAGACGAGCUGGCUUUGCUUCCGGGCCUGGUCCCCAGCUGGCCGAGUGACCUUAGGCCGGGCACUCUGUCGUCUGUGUGCGCCUCAGUUUCCUCCUCUGCCUAUCGUGUGUGGGAUUGAAAACGCUUUGGUCAUGGCAAAGCGGACGUGUACGUAAAAAAAAAAAAAAAGAAAAAAGAAAAAAAAAGAUCAUUGCUUGUGUUAAAAAUAUUUCUUUUUUGAGUUGUGAGAGAACUGACCAAUUGCCCCAUCCUCGGAUUUCGCACACCCUGAGAAACCUUGAAUUGGAGCUGGAGAUCCCCAAACUCCUUGAAAUUUGUAUGCGGAAGUUUGUGCAGAUGUGCACUCCUGAGGGGAUGGGGAGCCGUCGCUAGCAGGUUUUCUUCUGUGGGCCAUGACUCCAGAGGCUAUUAAGAGCCACGAUUCCUUGAUGCCACAGGGAGGAAACUGAGGCCUAGGUGUCAUUUGGGACCCUUCACAACCCAUUUAAACACCCUUGUUUGAGUCCCUGGGAUUAUGUGAGCUGUUUCUAUGCAUAACGGAUAUUUGGGGGGUAACCAGUGCUCCCCUGCUUGGCUUCUAUUCUGGAUCCCUUCUUUCUGCCACGGGAUUCCUGAAGGGUAGCUGAUGCGUAUACAUAUAUGGUACAGUAGCACCCAAGGUAAAGCAGCUACAAGAGGAGAGGAUGUGUUCUGUAGAAUCAAGAAGUUCGUUUAAUCUUUGACCCAGCAAAUCCUUUGUGUUCGUUCGCUGUUUAUACUGGUGCCUGACCACCUUUCCCCACUCUUUAUUGACCUCCCUCCCUCCCCCCCCCCCCAGUGACUGUGUUUGCCACCUGUUCCUUGCUGUUACUUCGUCUCCCUGGUCUGUGUGGUUGGUAGUGAACAGGCUUACUUUCAGCGGGUGCUGUUAAGCCCAACAAAUACUGAUGCACGGGGGUUUUGUUUUUUGGUUUGCAAACGUGCUCACUGGAACAGACUGAACCUGGCAUGGGAUUCCUGAAGAUGUGUUUGGGGGGGAUUUUCUUUAUUUAAAGUUAACCUUCUUUGAAAAGUUGUAUUAGAACUGCUGAACUUCAAAAUCACCAGAUUUGGAAGUUAUUCCAAAUCUUUAACUUUCCCUCAACCUGCCUUGUAUUCUUAUUGCUUGUGUGAUGAUUCAGAUGGCCAAAAUGCCAAUUUUUGCUUCUGUGUUAAUUGUCAGCUGCUUUUAUCAAAUUCCAGGCCAUUAUCCAGUAAACACUAUUACAAAAAUGUUUGAACGGUUGGAUUUCAAACAUUUUCACUUUGUGGAGUGGUGCUUAGCAAGUGGUACAGCUCUAACCAAGUGAACACAGACACAUUUCAGUGUAUUUUGUCUGAUUGGAAAUUAGCCAAUUCUGAUAUUUUGUUCAAAUGUCUGAAAAAAGUAUCAGUUGGCUUAUCCCCUUUAUCUAAAGGGCAGAGACAAAUUAUCUCAAUUCCAGAGAAAUGACUGUGUUGGAGAAAAAAUGUGUUGGUCUUUUAGUUGUUUUGUAAUUUAAUCUGGAUGUACCUCAAAAGAACCUUAAAAGUGUGGUGAUAAGGUGCUUUCCUCAAGAGAAACGAGGAAAUAAGCAACUGGAACUCAAAAGCUUGAAAUUCUGAGACAGAACACAACAUGUCCAGGCUUGGGAUUUGAAAAGGUUUUUGCUGCGGCGGUCUACAGUAGUUGAAGCAGAUAUCUCUCAGUGCAGCCGCAGCGAGCAACGACAGAUUUUUCAAGAACUUGACCCGGAACCCAGAAGAGUUUGUCGGGUACUGGCAGGAACUCUGGAGGUAGAUUCUUUUUGUGGCGGGAACAGGGACUGUUGACCUUGCUGUGAGAAAAGAAGCGACAACUGAGCAACACUGCCACCAGCGCCAUUCGAAGACCUGAGUUUCUGUCCAGACUCAGUGCACACUGAUGACACUCCAUCCAAAGUGAAUUACGUCAUGUGCCUCCUCUGAUUGCUGAGUGUUCACGUGGACCUUCUGAUCACCUUCCUUGUGCUGUUCCAUUGGCCUACAAAUCUGGUACUGGAUUUUUACCCAUGGUGAUUUCUACCACCUUACUACUGAUGAAGACACCAUUCCAGCGGACCACUGUGAUCCAAGAGGCAUUCAGCCAUCAUGAUGUGGCCUUUACCUCCACUCCUGUCUUGUUCUACACAGAUUCAGCACAGCCUUUUAUAGUCAUGUCGGAGUCCUCAAGCCAAAUAGCUGAAAUGAUUUCAUCACUAGGACCCAAUUUGUUGCAUAAAUAUGCAUUUCUUCAGUUAAAGCCUUCAGAGACACAUAAGUUUGGAUCAGGGGAUUUUUUUUUCCUUUUUUCUUUUUUUUAAGUUGUCUACGCUGUCUGAAGAAAGGGAAACUCUGUGAACGGCAUUGGAUCACAUUCCACAAUCUCAAAUGAUUGAAGUUCAUGAACUGGGAUUCCAUCAAGGUCAUCACUAGACCCUGUUCAUUCUCUAUAUCUGUAGUAGCCUAUUGAAUAAGAAAGCAGAAAUUCUGACCCAUUGGGAUCAAAACAAAGGCACAGUGAACUCGACACCCUCUUCAGGAUUACUCAGGAACCAGAACUGAUUUUCACACAAAUUAUAAGAAAUUCUACCAAGGAAUCCCUUUUGCCAGACAGCAUUUCACAAGCCUCCAAUCAGAUUCCAGAAAAGACCUCUUGAUACAUCAUCAAGGUGAAACCUAUAUGGUAAUCCCUUCUGUUUAUAUAUAGCACUUUACAGUUUGAAGCACUUUUACAUAUAUUGAGCUCACUUAUCAAAACAAUACAAAAAUUAACCUUUUGUGAAA